CUACCUGCCUAUGAGCAAGUUUUGCGCCUCGGACGCGAACGCGAGAACCCAAUUUUCCUUGACAUCGGUUGCUGCUUUGGCAAUGUCAUCAGGGAAGCAGUUCUUGAUGGUUUCCCGGCAGCCCAAACUAUCGGAAGUGAUCCCCAUCCAGAACUCUGGGAUUUGGGGCAUGAACUCUUCAAGUCGUCUCCAGAGACCUUUCCAGCUCACUUCGUGGGUAGUGACGCCUUCGACCCAGAAAUGCUUGCCAUAGCUCCCGUGCAGACAACAGGGGCUCCGAGUCCUGACCUCGAUAACAUCACUUCGCUGAACCCUUUACGUGGAUGUGUUUCUGCAAUUCACGCAACAGUCUUCUUCCACUUGUUUAAAGAGGAUGAACAGCUGCGCAUGGCCCGUGCUUUCGCUGUCCUGCUGUCCGCUGAGCCAGGCUCCGUCAUUCUCGGGGCGCACAUAGGUGCCCCAGAGAAGGGUCCCGUUGAUAUGUUCGCCCACAACCCAAAGAGCUGGAGUGCCAUGUGGAAUGGCGAAGUAUUCAAGGAGGGGACAGUCAAGGUAGAUGUAGAGUUGAUGCAGGAGAAAAUUGGCACCGCAGGGAGGGACGAACGCCCGUUGGCAUUGGUCUGGUCUGUGACUAGGUUGUAA